ACAGCCGACAUCCAAAAGCCAAAGCUCCAGUACAACUCUAGACUUCAAGCAAUAGAAACGGAUUUCAACGGUCAUGUGGUGGCUUGGAAUAAUUGCAAUUUUCCUAUACAUUCUGUACAAAGCUCAGUAUGGGUUUUGGAAACGUCAUCCGGCAGUGCCAAGUUUGCCGGGUAGAAUAUUCAGUGGAAAUCUAUUGGAUUUUCUUUUGUUCAAAACAAAUUUCGGCUAUCAUUUAAAGAAAAUCUACGAUGAUCCUGCUUUUACCGAUAAACCGGUGGUGGGCAUUUAUGGACUGUAUCGUCCCUCUUUGCUGAUCAGGGAACCGGAAUUAAUUAAACGGAUAUUGAUCAAGGAUUUCGAUUGUUUUCACAAUCGUUUCCAUGACAUCGAUGUAAAGUAUGAUCCCAUUGGAGGCCAAAUGAUGUUCUACACCUCAUUCCGGUUGUGGAGGGAAAUGCGCCAAAAGCUGAGUCCUGUCUUUACCAGUGCCAAAUUGAAACACAUGUACCCUUUGAUACAAAAUGUGGCGAAAAAUAUUGAGGGGUAUUUGGGGAAACAGAAAAGCAUUCACCCGCUAGAGAUGAAGAACUUUUGUGCCCGUUACACCAGUGAUAUUGUGGCCACCACUCUGUUGGGUUUCAAAUCGAAUUCUCUGGAAAAUCCCUCCGAAGAACUGUGGAAGGAAAUCGCGUUAAUGGCUUAUUUUAACCUCAAAAGGGCCAUUGAUUUUAUGGUUAUACUCUUCGUUCCCAAGAUGGCUCGUCUGUUUCGUUCCAAGUUGUUUUAUAAGAAAACGGAGGAUUUUCUCAGGGACUCCAUAACGCAUGCCAUCAAGGAAAGAGAGCUCAGUGGGUUGCCACGCAAUGAUUUGAUAGAUAUGUUCGUCAAGCUGCGCGAGGAAGCUGCCGACGAUGACAGGGAUAUGGAUAAGUUUAUGGAAACCUUAAUAGCCCAGGGGGCGAUUUUUAUUGCGGCAGGGUCGGAUACCUCUUCUACGACCAUGUCAAAUGCUCUCUUUGAAUUGGCCAAACAGCCGGAAGUGCAGAAGAAACUGAAAGAGGAGAUACGGCAAACCUUUGCCCUGGACGAGGGCUCCACAAUAUCCUAUGAAAAUCUUAACAAUAUGAAAUACCUGGAUAUGGUCAUCAACGAAACAUUGCGUUUAUACCCGGUGCUACCCAUAUUGGAGAGGAAAUACCAGAGGCCAGAGGGAACAUCUGGCGACUAUUCACUGAAGCCAUUUUGUGAUUUUGAGUUAAGUAAUGAUAUGCCCAUCUAUAUUUCGCUGUUUGGUUUGCAUUAUGACCCUAAAUACUGGUCCAAUCCCAUCAAAUUUGAUCCGGAGCGUUUUUCACCCGAAAACAAAUCCACGCUAAAUCCCAUGGCGUAUUUACCCUUCGGCAUGGGUCCCCACAAUUGCAUUGGCAGCCGUUUGGCAUUGCUCCAGAUGAAAUGUGGUCUGGUGCAUUUAUUGCAUAAUCAUCAUGUUCGAGUUGGCAAGCGAACGUGCCUUAAACCAGAGUUUGAAACAAAAUCUAUAUUAUUUGAAAUUAAGGGUGGCAUUCAUUUGGAAGUUGUAAAGGAUAUUGAUUUCAGCGAAUAAAAUAACAUCGAGGAGAAAAUGUA